AUGGAAAGCGGAAGGCAAAGUACUAGCUUUACGGGGUCAUUGAACCCUGUUCAUAAUCCAGGAGUUUCAAUAAGAAAAGAGGAUGUAAAGAAUUUUUUUAGAAUAAUUGAUGAAGAGAUGGACGUCUUUCUACAGGAGGACACAUGUUUCAAACUUGCUGAUAAUUACCUAAUAGCUAUGGCAUUCAUAUACUUUUUAAGAGCUGCUUUACUACCAGAAGAGUAUACAGGUCAAAACUUCUUAAUCGCCCUAUAUUUAGCACAUGAUAUGGAGGAAGACGAAGAAAAUUAUCGUCUUGAAUUACGUCAAUGGGCAAGUCGUAUAAGCGAUUGCUGGGAUUCAGAGUCGAUAUAUUUUAUAAAAAUGCGUGACAGGCUUUUCCACAGAAUGAAAUAUCGAGGAGUCGUAUCUCGUUUCUGUUGCCAAACUGUAAUGCGCCUGGCAAAACCUUCGCACAAAGUAUGGCAAAGGUGGAGACACGCUAAUCACUCUGGAGCAGCUUGCGAAUUUAAAAGGCUAAGAGAAGUUUGUCCUAAAUGUGCGAGGCGUUCUCUUUCUCAUUCGUCCAAUUCAUCAUCAGACUUUUCAGAAGAUGUUACUUCAGCAUUUGAAAGUACAAUGUACGUAGAAGAAUAA